UCUCAGCCAUUCAAUUCAAGUGCUACAUGUAUCAAACCAUACUUAGAUUAUAUAACAUACAUUAAUAAUCUUGUGUGUGUGUGUGUGAGAGAGUAAGAGUAGAAGAUUAUGGAGGGUGAAGAAGAAGUUUUGGAGCCUAUGAGUCCAAGUGCACAAUACUUGAGAAGCUCAGCGUUAUCACUCACAAUCUUUGGAGUUUUGGAAACUGAAGAUCAUAUAGAUAUUGAUGAUUCCAUGGCUAUGUCUCUUCUGAAAGAUCUUUUCUUGCCUAUAAAUCAUCGUUUCUCCUCGAUUAUGGUUACCAACAAGAAAGGGGUAAGGAAAUGGAAAAAGGUAGAGGUGAAACUCGAAGACCACGUCAUUGCCCCCACUUUCCCUAGUGACAUGUCGGUGGACUACUACGAUGAAUGUUUCAACGACUACUUGACCAAAAUAUCAAUGGAACAACUACCACAACAUCGACCGUUAUGGGAAAUUCACAUACUUAGAUACCCUACCAAGAAUGCAGCUGGCAAUGUUAUCUUCAAACUUCACCACUCAUUAGGCGAUGGCUACUCCUUGAUGGGAGCCCUCCUCUCGUGCCUCCAACGCGUCGACGACCCGUCGGUGCCACUGACGUUCCCGUCCCGGCAGCCCAGAACGGGUCCUGGAAUCCGUCGCAAGGUCUGGUUGCGACGGAUUCCUAGGGUUUUCACUGGACUUGCUCACACGACUUACGAUUUCAGUUGGAGCCUCUUCAAGAGCACCUUGAUGAAGGACGAUAAUUCUCCGAUUAGAUCGGGGAUCGAUGGUGUGGAAUUUCGGCCGAUUGCGACGACGACUACGACGUUUUCUAUUGAUCAGCUCGGGCAAAUCAAGAGGAAGCUCAAUGUGACUAUUAAUGAUGUCAUAACCGGUAUAAUAACAUUGGGAACUCGAAUAUACAUGCAAAAAGCAGAUGAAGAGUCAUGCAAAUCAAAGACAACCGCCCUAGUUUUGCUCAACACUAGGGCUAUUGGAGGGUACAAAUCAGUCGAUGAGAUGAUCAAACCUAAUUCUGACGUGCCAUGGGGCAACCGGUUUGCGUUCUUGCAUGUUCCUUUGCCUAAAUUGACUCAAUCGGAGCUUCUAAAUCCGCUCGAUUUUGUUAAGAAAGCUCAUCGGAUGAUCAAGAGACAGAAGAACUCUGCCGUAGUUUACCUAACUGGCCAACUUCUUAGUUUUAUCAAAAUGGUCAGAGGUCACGAGGCAACAGCUCGACACAUCCACGCAACAUUGAAAAACACUAGCAUGGCAAUUUCGAAUUUGAUUGGACCUGUUGAACAUAUGGCUUUGGCCAAUCAACCCUGUAAAGGACUCUACUUCGCAGUUGCGGGCCCACCUCAGAGCCUAUCUGUAACAAUGAUAAGUUAUGUGGGAAAAUUAAGGAUUGCCGUGACAGCAGAGAAAGGAUUUAUUGACCACAAUAAAAUGAAGUCAUGUAUUGAAUACGCCUUUGAGAUCAUCUACAAAGCUGCUCUUGAAGUUUAGACUACUGUGUGUGCUACACACACUGAUCUAUACAUACACAGACACGCUUAUAUGUAUUAUAGUUUAUAUUUUGUAGUACAUUGGAAAAUUGGGUAAAGGAAAAGGAAAUAUCAAAUAUAUGAUUUUGUGUAA